CGAUCAGAGGUUAUAGAGGUCGUUUCGUUUUAGGCACAGUUGAGAAGGGGAGACGAGAAGAAGGAAAGAGAGAAGAUCAAGUAAGUUUACUAAAGCAUCGAUUGAGAUUUUGAGUGAUUAAUACUUCUAUCUUCACUGUUGGAGGGAUUUAAAAACAAGAGAAAAUAGUUUUGAAAUAGUUGCAGGCGGUAAAAAUUGAAGACAAAGACGAUUAGUGUGGAAUUGAUCGUCGAACAAGUAAGCUAUGUCCAGCAGUUCUUGGUCAACAACUCAUGCAUCAAAGUCAACUAACAAUGAAGCUGGCAUUAGUCAAGAAAGCAUUAUUGAAUGUACAAAUAAUCAGCAGCAAGAGUGUGAUCAAGAGAACAGAGUGUAUAAUGAGUUCAUGAAUGUCCGGAGGAAAAAAAAAUUUGUUUGCAAGGAGAAAAUCGGGAAAGAGAUAGUUAAUGUGGUCGACGGACUUGAACUGCAUACGAAUGUUUUCAGCCCUUCAGAGCAGAACAAGAUAGUUAAUUUUGUGCAUCAACUUGAGAAACAGGAACAGGCAAUAAAAAAGCGCCCAGUUGCUGAUCCUUGCAACCAUGGGAAGGGAAAGGGACGGGUAUCCAUACAAUUUGGUUGCUGUUAUGACAAUGCGCCGGAAGAAAACCCCCCUCGAAUCCGUCGUGAUAUACCUGCCAACCCAAUACCUUCAAUUCUACAGGAUAUGAUAAGAAAACUAGUGGAAUUGCAUGUUGUUCCACCAUCUUGUGUACCCGACAGCUGCGUCAUUCAAAUAUUUCAUGUAGGAGACAUUAUGUUACCUCAUAUUGACAAUGAUGAUUUUGCUCGUCCAAUCUCUAUAGUUUCCCUUCUUAGUGAGUGCGACAUAGGUUUUGGGUCAAAUAUAAUUAAACAGGGUUCAGACUUAAGCGGCCCGAUUGCAGUUCCUCUUCCGGUGGGGUCUGUUUUGGUUUUGAAAAGGAAUGCUGCUGAUGUUGCUAAGCACUGUGUUCCAGCUGUUCAAAGUGAAAUGAUUUUAAUUAUAUUUCGGAAAAUAAAAGAAUGGAAUCGUCCACAUGGUUUCGUUGUUGAGCCAAAUUUAAGGAGACUUGCACCGCUGUCCUAUGAAUCUGAUGAUUCCUAUGUGUUACCAUUUGACGUGAAAACUCCUUUUCCUACACCGCCUGCAACUGGGUAUAAAAGGAAAGCGUGGUGCCUUGGGCCACGCUUGUUUGAGCGUUCGACCAAACGCAGCUAGCUCUAAUCCAUCCUAAAUACAGAAAACAUACACGAGUGCCUUCUAGAACUUUAGGGUGUAUUCGUUAAAAAGGAAGAGGCUACAGUCAAAUACUCAGUUGUAUUUUGCUCUUUCUUCUUUUGUCUUCUUUAAAUAGAACUCAUAGUCUCAUACUAUAUAGCAUUGUGUUUUAGGGUAUUUUUCAGUUCUAGGGGAAAAUGGAGGACACUAGUAUUUUAGGGUCAAAAACCUGAAAUAAGGUCAAAUUUGAUUAACUUUGUUGAGUUAAAUUCUUCUGAUUGGAAUCCAAAACUAAAGCUGUAAGCUGUAACCUUUGUUGAGUUAGAGUAUUAUACACUAUUCAUAAAAAGGAUGAGAUGUCUGUAGCUGUAAGCUGUAACCUUUUUUUGGAGCAUUGUUUUUGGAGUUGUUA